AUGUCCGAACCCGCAGCCCACGAGACCGACGAGACCCCUCCCACUUCCACCACCCACGAGGCCCUAACCAACACCCUCCGACCGUUGACCGACGUGUUCCUGACCGUCCGCAUCAUCAAAUCCUUCACCUACCGAACCACCAAGAACCUGCUCCUCCCUCACAUCGAUGCUACAACGAUGACCGUCGGAGGGUUGAAGGAGCUGUGUCGCGCGCAGGUGUUGGUCGCAACGGGUUUCAAACCUUUCCGGACGACGGUGUUGGGUGAGUUUGGUUGGCUUGGGCUUGAACGGUGCGGCGGGGAUUCUUGGCCGGUAUAUGCUGAUGGCCUGAGCUUUCCUGGUUUGUAGACACACUCAAACUUUACACCGUAGCUCAUGGAUCCAAAGUCAGUCCCAUUCCACCGAGCCCACGUCGCAAGUCGGCGUCGACACACCCCUUUCGUCGAAAGCUGACUGAACUUCGAGUUCACCCUCGAACUCCUUCAGACGACGAAUCUCAUCAUCAACUUUGAUAACGACGAAGACUGGAUCCUCAACGACGAUUCCGCCACAUUGGCUUCGAUCGGGAUAGGUCCGUCUCAACCGCAGCAAAACUUGCUCAUGGUUGAUCGCUGACACGUCUUGGUUUCGUUGCGAAUCGAAACAGAGAACGAAGCCGAAAUCAGUUUCUUCAAUCGCGAGCUGUACGAAGCGUUCAAGAAGGACCCGACUCAAAGCUGGUGA